AACACCUCAGGUGUUACAAUUUUGAAGGAAAAAAAAACUAAAAUAGAAAGCUAAUUGACUCACAAUACGAGGGUAUAUGCGUAAAUAGGUAAACCUAGAAGGGGAAGUAAACUCCUCUGCUUAAUCUUGAGAUUAAGUAGACCAUGAUGACUCCUUUUCAGAUAAUCCGAAGCACUCCAUUUGUUUGUUUGUUUUUCGAGUUUCUGAACAAAGGAAGAGAGCUUUUGUUUUGUGUGGGGACACCCCUCCCUCCCAAAUCCGACCCAAGCAAAAUCCAAAACCCAACAAAGCUUCGAACUUUACAGAGAGAAAAAGAAAACAAACCAACACCAGGCGGCCUGCUGCUGUGGCGAGAAACUCAAAAUUCAAGAAACACAGAAUCAGGGAAAUUGUUCUUCUUUCCUUCGUCUUUCAAAGUGGCUUGCUUUCAGAUAUAGAGUGGGGAAAGAGGGAGAGAGAGGUCUGUGUACAGUUUAGGAGUCGUUGGUAUUUAUUCAUUUGAAAUUCUUUUAGAGACAGAAAGAGAGAGGGAAGGCAGGAAGGAGGGUUGUGAGGUUGCUUUCGGUUUCGGCUGGGAAUUUGAAAGCUCUGCGUUGUUUCGCUUGUUGGGGGUUGCUUUUGGACCAUUGGAGGAACUGGGUGUUCUCCAUUGGAUGAGCGUUGGAGGAUUGUGUUAAGCAGGAUCUGUUGCUUUGGUGUCAUCGAAUGGUAAAUUCCAGAGCUGAAAGCUUGAACUUUUAAUUUUGUCUUUCGAACUGCUGUUUUUGAUUGCUCGGCUUGAUUAUGCUGGCGUGUGGGCUUCAUUUCGUGAUUUGUUCUCCACUUUCAUUGUGGUGUGAAGCUUCUUCCUUGCUUUGUGGUUCUUCAUUGGGUUUCUGUGCCAGCUUAUUGAUUUUGGUUGAAUUUUUGUUGACUAUGGGGGACUUGGAUUCUCCCUUCCCUUAUAUUGCGCACUUUCCUCCUCCAUAUCAUCCCAUGAAUUUAUGAAUUUCGAGACAAAGGGUUUAGCAUCUUUAUGGGAUUGGAUUGAGUUAUUGCGAAGUAAAGAAAAACUGUGAAUUUCUGGUAGCUUGUCAAGGCAGCUGUUCUUACUGCAUUGUAGUCGGUUCCAGCAUUAAUUUUAUAAUCAAUUUGAGAGACACAGAGAUCGAUCGAGCUGAUUUGGUCGAUUGACAUUUUGGCAACUGGCUUCUUGUUCUAUGGCAGUUUUUUUUCUUCUUCUGAGUGUUUUAUGAUGAGCUGGUUUUGGCCAAUUGUAGUUUUUGGCAAGUUUAGUGUCGAGCUCUGAUUGUGGAAGGCAUUGGCCUUGAAUAUUCUUCAUAUUAUUCGUUAGUACGAAAGGCUUGAACAAGUCGUGGUCCUUUAGCUGGUAUUUCUUAGAAAAGAAGGAACCUUUUUUAUUCGCAACUUGCCAUUUAGGCGCCUGCUAGCCUACAUUGAUUGUGGACCAUCCUUUCCCAGCACUUUUGUAAUUUGAAUGGUUACUUGGAAGACGCUGAACAAACUUUUAUUUAUUUAUUUGCAGGCUGCACCAGACAACAUAAUCGUUGGUUCUCAUGUGUGGAUUGAAGAUCCCAAGUUGGCGUGGAUUGAUGGUGAAGUUACAAGGAUAAGUGGCAAAGAUGUCCAUGUUUGGACUACAAAUGGGAAAACUGUUGUCACGAAUAUGUCGCAAGUAUUUCCCAAGGACACUGAAGCCCCACCUGGUGGUGUAGAUGACAUGACCAAGCUUUCCUAUUUGCAUGAACCUGGAGUUCUGCAAAAUCUGGCUACCAGAUAUGAGCUUAAUGAAAUCUAUACAUACACCGGCAAUAUCCUAAUAGCUGUCAAUCCGUUUCAAAGGUUGCCCCAUCUGUAUGAUACUCACAUGAUGGAACAGUAUAAAGGCGCUGCGUUUGGAGAGCUAAGUCCUCAUGUCUUUGCAGUUGCAGAUGCUGCGUACAGGGCAAUGGUUAAAGAAGGGAAAAGCAAUUCAAUCCUAGUUAGUGGUGAAAGUGGUGCCGGAAAAACCGAGACUACAAAGAUGCUCAUGAGAUAUCUUGCCUUCUUGGGAGGGCGAUCUGGAGUAGAAGGAAGGACUGUUGAGCAACAAGUUCUGGAGUCAAAUCCAGUUCUUGAAGCAUUUGGUAACGCCAAAACUGUUCGCAACAACAACUCUAGCCGUUUCGGGAAAUUUGUGGAGAUCCAAUUUGAUAAGAGCGGUAGAAUAUCUGGCGCUGCUAUCAGAACUUAUCUGCUCGAAAGAUCUCGUGUGUGCCAAAUUUCUGAUCCAGAAAGAAACUAUCAUUGCUUUUAUCUUCUUUGUGCGGCACCGGCUGAGGAUAAAGAGAAAUACAAAUUGGGGAGCCCAAAAUCUUUCCAUUAUCUAAAUCAAUCAAAGUGUUAUGAGUUGGAUGGGGUAAAUGAUGCUCAUGAAUAUCUUGAAACUAGAAGGGCUAUGGAUAUAGUUGGGAUUGGUGAAGAAGAACAGGAAGCAAUUUUUAGGGUUGUAGCUGCAAUUCUUCAUCUUGGAAACAUUGAAUUUGCUAAGGGAGCAGAGAUUGAUUCGUCAAAGAUUAAAGAUGAUAAAUCCAGAUUUCAUCUUGAUACGACUGCAGAGCUCCUCAGGUGUGAUCCAACGAACUUAGAAGAUGCCCUUAUUAAACGUGUGAUGGUUACACCUGAAGAAAUUAUCACAAGAACACUUGACCCUGAGAAUGCUGUCGGUAGCAGGGAUGCUUUGGCCAAGACUUUAUACUCUCGUCUGUUCGAUUGGAUUGUAGAAAAGAUAAACGUUUCAAUUGGACAGGACCCAGAUUCUAAAUCAAUAAUUGGAGUUCUGGAUAUCUAUGGUUUUGAAAGCUUUAAGUGCAACAGUUUUGAGCAAUUCUGCAUCAAUUUCACCAAUGAAAAAUUACAGCAGCAUUUCAAUCAGCAUGUGUUCAAAAUGGAACAAGAAGAGUAUACCAAAGAGGAGAUAGACUGGAGUUACAUAGAAUUUGUUGAUAACCAGGAUGUUUUGGAUCUGAUUGAGAAGAAACCAGGAGGAAUAAUUUCUCUUCUAGAUGAAGCUUGCAUGUUUCCCAAAUCGACGCAUGAAACUUUUGCUCAGAAGCUGUACCAGACAUUCAAGAACAACAAACGUUUUAUCAAGCCGAAGCUAUCACGUACGGAUUUCACUAUCUUACACUAUGCUGGGGAGGUUAAUUAUCAAGCCAAUCAAUUUUUGGAUAAAAAUAAGGAUUAUGUGAUAGCUGAACAUCAAGCUGUGAUGACUGCUUCAAAAUGCCCCUUUGUCAUGGGAUUGUUCACACCACUUAAAGAAGAAUCAUCUAAGUCAUCAAAAUUCUCCUCUAUUGGUGCUCGGUUUAAGCUACAACUUCAAUCUUUGAUGGAGACUUUGAGUGUGACGGAACCUCACUACAUUAGAUGCGUCAAGCCGAAUAAUGUUCUGAAGCCUGCUAUUUUUGAGAACGUUAAUAUCAUUCAGCAGUUACGUUGUGGGGGAGUUCUUGAGGCAAUUAGGAUUAGCUGUGCUGGAUAUCCUACAAGGCGAGCCUUCUAUGAGUUUCUCAAUCGUUUUGGUCUUCUAGCUCCUGAAAUUUUAGAUGAAAAUUACGAUGAUAAGGUUGCAUGCCAAAUGAUUCUUGACAGAAAAGGGCUUAAAGGGUACCAGAUAGGCAAGACAAAGGUAUUCUUGAGAGCAGGUCAGAUGGCUGAGUUGGAUGCCAGGAGAGCAGAAGUACUUGGAAAUGCAGCUAGAAUCAUUCAGCGGCAAAUCCGCACUCACAUUGCUCGCAAGGAGUUCAUUUCAUUAAGAAAGGCAGCUAUGGAACUUCAGUCUUAUAUACGAGGUAAUAAGGCCCGUGGAAUGUUCGAGCAGUUGAGGAGGGAGGCAUCUGCUGUGAAGAUUCAGAAAAACUUCCGCCUCUUUGUUGCUAGAAAAUUCUACAUAAGGAAAAGAUCAUCUGCUAUAACAUUGCAGACAGGCUUAAGGGCGAUGGCUGCACGUAAUGGUUUCAGGUUCAGAAAGCAAACUAAAGCUGCCAUCACAAUCCAGUCUCACUGGCGGUGCUACCAAGCUCGUUCCUACUACAGGCGUCUUCAGAAGGCUACAAUUGUUACACAAUGUGGGUGGAGAUGCAGAGUUGCUAGAAGAGAGCUCAGAAAUCUGAAAAUGGCUGCUAGAGAGACAGGAGCUCUUAAGGAAGCAAAGGAUAAGUUGGAAAAGCGUGUUGAGGAACUCACAUGGCGCCUGCAAUUGGAAAAACGACUAAGGACCGAUCUCGAGGAGGCUAAGUCCCAAGAAGUUGCCAAGCUUCACAAUGCAUUAAAUGCUAUGCAAUCACGAGUAGAAGAGGCCAACGCUUUGGUUGUUAAGGAACGGGAGGCAGCUCGGAAAGCUAUUCAAGAAGCACCUCCAGUUAUUAAGGAAACUCCUGUUGUAGUUGAAGACACAGAGAAAAUUCGCUCUUUUACUGCUAGAGUUGAAAAGUUGGAGGCUUUACUGCUCUCUCAAAGACAAGCAGCAGAAGAGGCAAAACAAGCUUGUGCUGUUGCUGAGUCUCAGAAGGAACAGCUUUGUAAGAAGCUUGAAAACUCAGAAAAGAAGGUGGAUCAACUUCAAGAUUCAGUUCAGAGACUUGAAGAAAAGGUAUCCAACUUAGAAUCAGAGAAUCAAGUUCUCCGUCAACAGGCACUUGCUAUAUCACCAACUGCAAAAGCCUUGGCCCUUAGACCAAAGACAACCAUUAUUCAGAGAACCCCAGAGAAUGGAAGUAUUCCUCACUCAGAAACAAGGCGAACACCAGACACAAUGCUGGCGUUGCCUAGUACAAGGGAGUCUGAAAACGAGGACAAACCCCAGAGAUCUCUUAACGAAAAGCAGCAGGAUAUACAAGACAUGCUACUCAAAUGUGUAGCUCAAGACCUUGGAUUCUCUGGGGGGAAACCUGUUGCUGCUUCCCUGAUAUACAAAUGCCUGCUUCAGUGGAGGUCAUUCGAGGUUGAAAGGACUAGUAUUUUUGAUCGUAUUAUUCAGGCAAUUGGUUCAGCAAUUGAGGCCCAGGAUAACAAUGACGUGUUGUCGUAUUGGUUAUCCAAUUCAACAACCCUCUUGUUGCUGCUUCAACGGACACUAAAAGCAACCGGUGCUGCUAGCUUAACUCCACAGCGCCGAAGAUCAACAUCCUCUUCUCUUUUUGGGAGGGUAUCCCAGGGGUUCCGUGGCUCUCCCCAAAGUGCUGGUUUCUCAUUCCUCAAUGGCAGGGUGCUCGGUGGUCUGGAGGAGUUGCGUCAAGUUGAAGCUAAGUAUCCUGCUUUACUUUUCAAGCAGCAGUUGACGGCAUUCCUGGAAAAGAUAUAUGGAAUGAUAAGGGACAAUUUGAAGAAAGAGAUCUCGCCCUUGAUCGGCUUGUGCAUCCAGGCACCACGUACAUCACGAGCUGGUUUAGCCAAGGGACGGGCUCAGGCGAAUGCUAUGGCUCAACAAGCUCUUAUUGCUCAUUGGCAAAGCAUAGUGAGAUCCCUGGACAGUUGCUUGAAAACAAUGAGAGCCAACUAUGUACCUGCAUUCCUAGUCCGAAAGGUCUUCACGCAGAUAUUCUCGUUCAUCAACGUUCAGUUAUUUAACAGCCUUCUUCUGCGUCGAGAAUGCUGCUCAUUCAGUAACGGGGAGUAUGUAAAGACAGGGUUGGCUGAACUGGAGCAGUGGUGCCAUGAUGCAACUGAGGAGUUUGUAGGCCCGGCAUGGGAGGAACUGAAACACAUAAGACAAGCUGUCGGAUUCCUGGUCAUACAUCAGAAGCCAAAGAAGGCGUUGAAAGAAAUUACAACCGAUCUUUGCCCUGUCCUCAGCAUACAGCAACUAUACAGAAUCAGCACCAUGUACUGGGAUGACAAAUACGGGACACAUAGUGUUUCAUCGGAGGUCAUCUCAAACAUGAGAGUCAUGAUGACAGAGGACACGAAUAACGCUGUCAGCAGCUCGUUCUUGUUGGAUGACGAUUCGAGUAUACCAUUCACAGUAGACGACAUUUCCAAGUCAAUGCAGCAAGUCGAAGUUGCUGAGAUCGAACCACCACCUCUGAUCCGUGAAAACUCGGGCUUCUCCUUCCUGCAACGCACGGACUGAUCAUUUGCCCUCUGCAGCCCUGUGAAUAUCUUGUUCUAUGGAAGCUCCAAUUUGUGUAAGUAUUAGCAUUGCGCUUAGUUUGGAACAGUAGGUAGACAGUUCUUAUAUAGGGCAAGAAAACUGAAAAAACCACAAAGAAAUCAAAAGAAGGGGGGAGGGAGAAUAGGCAACGGUCGAAGCCCUUUCUCAUUGCUACUUUGAUUCUUUUUUUUUUUUUAGUUGGGAAACAAUGAUGUGUAGUGUAAAAUUAGCUGCCAUUGGCAGCUAUGUAACUUGUUGUAAUGUUCGCACUUCUGUCCAAACGACCGAUAAUGUCAUUGUUAGUUAAUCAAGUGGUAUAUUUGGAUUGGCUCUUGUGAGUUUUGUUGUCGAACUCAUCUCAAGAUAUGCGUUACUGACCGUAAUUAAAUCUGGAUGAGUUU